UUUUGCUGCCUUUUGUUGGGCCGGGUAACUUCUGAGACGGAAUGGACGAUUUUCCCCGUCUCUCGGUGAAAGGACUGAGUGAUUCAUUGAAAUACCAGAAAGUAAAAUGAGGGUCCAACAGAUGUGUUUCGGAAGUGGUUCCCAGGAAGAUACAGCAACAACCGGAACCACACCAGGAAAAAACAGGAGUAAACAGAUAUGCCUACCGUUGCUGUUGACAAACAGGAUCUUUUCGAUCUCUUGGGGAAGAACUACACGACCAAGGAGUUUGACGAAUUGUGCUUCCAGUUCGGUAUCGAGCUUGACGAAGACACCACCGAGGACGUCAAGGGCACCAGCGAAAGACCGCAGCUUAAGAUCGAGAUCGGUGCCAACAGAUAUGACAUGCUCUGCAUCGAGGGUAUCGCCCAGGCGCUCAACCAGUACCUGGGCAGGUGUGAACCACCAAAGUACACGCUAAUUCCUGCGAAGCCUGAAAUUUCUCUCACCAUCAAGGAGUCUACGACCCAGAUCAGACCGUAUGCUGCAAGUGCCAUCUUGAGAGGCGUCAAGUUCACACAGAGAUCUUACGACUCGUUCAUAGCGUUACAGGACAAGCUACAUGCCAACUUGUGCAGACAGAGAACCUUGGUUGCUAUGGGUACCCACGACUUGGACACCUUGAAAGCACCUUUCACCUACGAAGCCUGGAAGCCAGAAGACAUCAAGUUUGCUCCCCUUAAUCAGACGAAGGUCAUGGAUGGCCACCAGAUGAUGGAGUUCUACAAGAGCGACAAGAACUUGGCCAAGUACUUACCUAUCAUUGAAGAUUCUCCCGUCUACCCGGUCAUCCUUGACGCAAACCAGACAGUUUGUUCCAUGCCUCCUAUCAUCAACUCCAACCACUCCAAAAUCACACUCGAUACCAAAAACGUCUUCUUGGAUAUCACCGGUACUGAUAAGACAAAGGUCGAGAUUGUUGUCAACCAAUUGAUCGCCAUGUUCUCUCGUUACUGUGAAAAACCAUUCACCAUCGAACCUGUUCAAAUCAUCUCCGAACAUAACAACCAAACCCGUGUCUGUCCAGAUUUGACCGAACGUUCUUUACAAGUAGAAUCCGAGUACAUCAACUCUAUAUUGGCUUUGGAACUUUCCAAUGAAAAAAUAUGCUCUCUGCUCAGUAAAAUGUCCUUGAAUGCCACUCCUUCCACCAAGGAUGCGAAGUUGGUCGAUGUUAAGAUCCCAAUCACCCGUCCUGAUGUUCUCCACGCAUGUGAUGUCAUGGAAGAUUGUGCAAUCGCUUACGGUUAUGAUAACUUGGUCAAAACCUAUCCAAAAUCAGCAGCAACCACCGCAUAUCCUUUACCAAUUAAUAAAGUCGGUGAUAUAUUACGUACAGCUUCUGCACAAGCUGGAUGGUUGGAAGUCAUGCCAUUAACUCUUUGCUCUCACAACGAAAACUUUGAAUUUCUUUUAGACAAUGACGAUUCUGAAGCUGUCAAAUUGGAAAACCCAAAGACUGUCGAAUAUGAAGUUGUCCGUACUUCUUUGGUUCCAGGUAUCUUGAAAACGAUCAAGGAAAACAAGAAUCACGCUCUACCUAUCAAAGUUUUUGAAUCUGGUGAUAUUGUCUACAAGGUGCCCGAGCUUGAACGUGGUGCAAAGAAUCAAAGAAACUGGUGUGCUGCUUACGCAGGUAAAAAAUCGGGUUUCGAAUAUGUCCAAGGUUUGUUAACCAAGAUAAUGCAAACUAUGCGUGUUCCUUGGUUAGAAAAGGAUCAACAAAACACUGAAACCAGAGGAUUCUGGACUGAAGGAACUGACGAAAAGAAGAUGUUUUUCCCAGGUAGAGGUGCUGCAAUCUACUUUCGUGCAAGACCUGAAGAUAAGGCUGUCAAGAUUGGACAUCUUGGUGUUUUGCAUCCUGAAGUUUUGGCCAAUUUCGAAAUUCCAUUCGCACUAUCCGUUGUAGAACUUAAUGCCGAAGUCUUCUUAUAGAUUUUUGUUCGUCGAAAUUCUUUCGUAUGCAUUAAUUUAGCCUCUAUUUUUUGAGAUAUAUUUUAUAAAGAAUAAAGCCAGCAAAAAUAUAAACAUUCUAGAUAAUAUAAUGAAGCAGCUUCUACUGCAACAGCUUCUUACUCAAAACUGAACUGUAUAUUACUUUCAUCCUGAGGGAACUCGUCUUCAUCUCCAUAGUCUAUGCCGGUCACAGGACCAUAUCCAGCUUUGGUCUUCUGUGUUUCAUUGAUUUUCUUCUCUAUAGCUUGAAGAUCAUCAUCAAAAAACAGCUGAAUAUUCUCCUCAGUGGGCACAUCAUAAUCACCAUAGUCAAUAGCCUUUGAACCGUCUUUCUGUGGUUCAACUACAGCUCCUUUGUUGUCUCCAUUCAUAUCCUUCUUUCC